AUGGCAACCGACAUUCGCCGCUCGAGGUCCAACACCUCAAUGUCUACUAGGAGCAAUAGACCGCUUUCACGCGCUUCGACCACAAGUCUUCACUCGUUCGAACAAUUCCAGCAGCAGCCGCGACCGACGCAAUUCCCCCAACCGCCACAGUACAAUGCGCCUUUCACUAGCGAAGCCCUCCAGCCGGCACUAAUUCAGGCCGCACAGCAAGUUAGCGCACAAGACCAACUCAUAAACAUGUCACUCGAGAGCGUACAGCAGUAUCUUGGGUACCCAGGAGACUCAACCCCAACCCCAACUCAACCGAACGGAUUGGCAGCGCAACCAAUCGACUCGCACGCAUACCACAAUUCACUGUCGCAACACCCGCAGCAACACUUCAUGGCUCCGCCAAUGGACGCAGAGGAGAAAAAGAAGAAGAACUCGGCGUCGGGGGCUGCUACCAAUGACAAGGAGCUUCGUCAACUGUUGAACCAGAAUGAGGGUCGGAACCUGAAAGACGUGGCAGCGGAAGUCAUCCAGAACGACCGGACAUCCAAGGCUGAAAAGUCGAAACAGCUCUUUGCCAUGUUAUGGUUGAAAUCUGUUUGUCGCCUUGCAAAAACCUCUGUCCCGCGCAACAGAGUCUACUCGAAAUACGCAGAACGCUGCGGCACUGACCGCGUUAUACCCCUUAACCCCGCCUCAUUUGGCAAGCUCGUCCGAGUCAUCUUCCCGGGUAUUCAGACUAGACGCCUCGGUGUUCGCGGAGAGUCAAAGUAUCACUAUGUCGAUCUGGAACUUAUCAACGACAGUGGCGACAGCGAAGAUAUGCGUCGACCCAGCAAUGGCGCCAUAGCACACCAUACAAUGAAACGACAGCAAUCCACGGGCCCUAAGCUUGACUUCAACGCUAUCCCACGACUGCCUGCAGAUAGCGCACAGUUUCCGCCCCGAGAGACUGCAGUACAACCACCUAGCAGUAAUUACACCCCAGCCUCGUCGAAAGGUCUUCUAUUCACCGACAUAUAUGCGCCUCAGUACCGGUCAUCCAACACUCGAACGAAGACAUCGUACGAGAAUGAGCUGAAGUUUCCCACACCAGAUAUCCUCGAAGCUCCAGAUGCUCUGGAGAUAGAACUACCGGACAUCACGCCCUACCUGCCAGCACGUACUGAUCCCGACUCGGCCCAGAAUUUAGUAGCAAUGUAUCGUUCACAUGUGACCUCUCUGGUAGACGCAGUGCGAUAUUGUAAAGAAAAGCAAUUCUUCCGGCUCUUUGGCACAUUCCACGGUACUUUGACCGUGCCCGUACAGAAGCUCUUCGCAGCGCCUGAGCUAGCCCCUUGGAUCAAGGAGUGUGACUGGAUGAUGUAUCAGAAGAUGGUCCGCAACGUCUCGCAACUCACCCUACAAGUCGCCCCACCCGCUGUGCUUCGAUUUCUCGAUAACGUUGCGAAGACAUUACAUGCGCACAUCAAUGCAAAGUUCUUACCAUUGCCGGUACACGUUCUUGAGGCCAAAUUAGAACCCGCGACGAUAUUCUCGCAUCUUCUACGCCAGAUGUUGCGGGUCAACUCGACUGCGCAUGCGGCUGCUGUGAUGCUCACAGCUGAGAGCCAUCGCACGCAGAUGUUCGCCGACUGGCUGCAGCAUGUCAACAUGAAGCGAAUCAUUGCCAAUGAGGUGCCAGGCUCAUGUGCACACGAGGAGGUUUACCAUAUCCUCACCACGGAGAUUCGAUCCAUGCUGGGUCCCUUGCCGCAAGAAAUACAAUUGCCAUCAGGACAAAUCUACCGUGCUGCACAUCCCGAUCCUCCUGCUGACCCCUCAGAAUCAGUCAUUGACCGCAUCGCCGCUUUCCUUAUGAGAGUGCCCUCUCGGUUUCCAACUGCUCCCGCUCGCACGAUCUUGCAUUGCAUCAGUGGCCUCGGAUCGGCGGCCCUACGGGAGAUCACCGUUGAGAACGGCAUUAGUUUCCAAGGCUGGUGGCUCACAAAGGUGUUUGUAGACGAAAUGGCACAGUGGUUGGCGUCGCUAGGUGGCUUUCUAGGCCACGCUCCCCCCAAUUGGAAUUCACCCACUUACUCUCCGGUCAUGGAUGACUCGAUGAAUGCCGGCAUGAUCAACGGGGGCAGCGGCAGCAACAACGAGAGCCGAUAUAGCAGCAUCGAUGCUGACUUCGGGCCGGACCAGUCUUUCAUGUCCAACACCAGUAACGUUGCGAUGCAAGACCCCAACACUAACCAGGAAGUCAAUCCUGGAAGAUUUGCUCAACAACCACAAUACGAUAUGAGCUUCAGUUUCGAGUACGAUAUGACCCCCUCCCAACAAGAGCAGAGUCACGAUGAUAGCGGUAUUGGCCUCCUGGAAGACGGCAUCGACGCUAAGUUCGCAUCCAAGAUGCAACAGUCGCUCAAGUCGCACCUCUCACAAGCUCCGCUUCCACAGGGUGUCAGCUAG